AUGAGCAUACCUCUCGGUUAUAAUACCUUUGGAAAUACAGAUUUGGUGUGCAAGCUAAAAAAGGCGUUGUAUGGUCUGAAGCAAUCGCCUAGAGCAUGGUUUGGAAGGUUCCGACUAGCAAUGAAGAAAUAUUGCUAUACUCAGAGCAAUGCCGACAAAUCCUUAUUUUUGAAGAGAAAAAAUGGUAAGAUAACUGUCCUUAUCAUUUAUAUUAAUGACAUGAUUGUUACUGGUGAUGAUGUUGAUGAUAUGGCUAAGUUGAAGACUUACUUGUCCUCUGAAUUUGAUAUGAAAGAUCUAGGCGGAUUAAAUCCAAAAAGGCAAAGGGUUGUGGCCUUGUCUCUUCCUAAUUUGCAACUUCAAGGCACAAUUUCCCCAUCGUUGGCUAAUUUAUCCUUCCUUAGUGUUCUCAAUCUCAAGAACAACAACUUCCAAGGUGGCAUCCCUUAUGGACUUGGCCACUUGCCUCGCUUGCGAGUCAUUGAUAUUCAAAACAAUCAUCUCAACGGAAGUAUACCAUCAAGUCUAUUUCAACACCAAGGAGUUCAAGCAAUUUUGUUGGCUUUCAAUGAACUCAGUGGUGAAAUGUGGAGAGGGCCAUGGUAUGUACCCAAACUGAGUGUCUUAAAUCUCAGGAACAAUAGUCUCACGGGUAUAAUCCCUCCUUAUGUUGGGAAUGCCACAAAAUUGAUGAACUUCGAUUUGUCUGGGAAUAGAAUCAAUGGUAACAUUCCAACAGAGAUCGGUUAUCUUAGCCAACUUACAGAGUUGUAUUUGUACAACAAUCAAUUAACAGGUUUCAUUCCCGCAACAUUGUUUAAUAUUUCGUCACUUCUUGUCCUAUCUCUUGGAAUCAAUAGCCUUUCCGGUCCUCUCUUGCUUUAUGAAGGAAAUAUUGUCUCAAAUCUCAAAUUUUUAAGUAUAUAUGAGAACCAAAUUUCUGGUUGCAUUCCUUCCAACAUAUGCCAACUCACAGAGCUCAAAAUUGUGACCAUAUCUUUCAACAACAUAACUGGAGACAUACCCAGGAAUAUUGGUUGUUUAUUCAAACUAGAGGAGUUUUAUAUUGGCAAUAAUCCGAUAAAUGGGACUAUUCCCAUUUCAUUGGGAAAUAUUUCCACUCUGCGUAAUCUUUACUGUGGAAACAAUCGCAUAGUGGGGAAAAUUCUUUCGAAAUUAGGGAAGCUAUCAAAUUUGAUGCAAUUAGGCUUUGACCAAAAUUAUUAUCUUAUUGGUCAAAUUCCAGAGGCUAUUUUCAACAUAUCUUCUUUGGAAAUAAUUGAUUUCAGUUUCAACAAUCUCUGGGGGAGAAUUCCAACCACUAUAGGUCUUCAUCUUCCAAACAUUAAGGAUCUUAUCUUGGGAGGUAAUCAGUUGGAAGGGGAAAUUCCAUUGUACAUAACAAAUGCUUCCAAACUUGAGAUACUGGAGCUAAGUAAGAACUUCCUCACAAGAACUAUUCCUACUAAUUUGGGAAAUCUUCGUGAACUGCGAUCACUACUCCUAGAUAAUAAUCAACUUACCAAUGAACCACGAGGGCAUGAGUUGCGAUUCUUAAAUUCUUUGGCGGACGGUAGGAUGUUGCGAUAUCUAUCAGUGAGUUCCAAUCCGUUGAAUAACGUUCUGCCCAAUUUUAUUGGGAAUCUUUCAUCUACUUUUGAAAUCUUUCAUAUAGAAGAUGCACACAUCAAUGGGCUCAUCCCCACAAGUAUAGGCAACAUGAGUGGACUUACAACCCUAAUUUUUGACGAAAACAACUUGACAGGAAAUAUUCCUCCUGAGUUUGGUAUGGUUAAACAACUCCAAGGGCUGUAUCUAGAUAACAAUCAAUUGAACGGACAUAUUCCAGAGGCGGUAUGUCAUUUAUCUAAUUUGGAUCUAUUAAUUCUGGAAGGUAAUGAGCUCACUGGAGUGAUCCCAGAAUGUAUAGGAAAUCUUAGCAUGCUACAACAUCUUUAUUUGGGUUCUAAUAAAUUUUCAUCAACGUUUCCAUUGAAUCUUUGGAAAAUGAGUGGUCUUCUCUCUCUAAGUGUGUCACGAAAUUCAAUUGAGGGAGAAGUUCCAUUAGAUAUUGGAGGACUGAAAGCCAUUGUAGCUCUAGAUCUUUCCAGUAACCACUUUUCAGGAAUGAUACCAACUAGAUUGGGGGAACUCCAAAACGUGCAGUGUAAUACCAAGUGGUGGUGUAAUACUAAGUGGUUGGACAUUCCUGCUUGUGCUAGCACUAAUCCUGGAAAACAAUCAAGGCUUAAGGAGGUACCAGAGAUCAAAACUCAUCAAUUAGUUUCUUAUCACGAGAUUCAGCGAGCAACAAAUAAUUUUGAUGAUGAAUCAAAUUUAUUUGGUGAGGGAAGCUCUGGCUCUGUGUACAAAGGCAUUAUAUCUAGUGGAACUGUAGUGGCCAUAUGGGUUUUGGAUUUGUAA